AUGUGUAUGCAUCCAGAAGAAGGUGUGAUGUGGAGCUCUGAUGGGCAUUGGUUUAUUUACUUUACCUUCUGGAUUGGAUGCGGGCUAUUCCUUAAAGGCUUGUGGAUUUAUAUCAAAUCAGACUAUUACUUCAUCCAGCCCAAGAUGCACUCUUUGACGUAUCAUAUUUACUAUGGUGGUAGGGGUGGAUUGAGCGACUUAGUUGCCUUUUUUUAA